AUGAUGAAGGUCGCGGGAUCCGUUGACCAGAGCGCGUCGCCGCCUCCUGGCCCUUUUGGCUACAACUUCCUCGCCGCUAACGACACUCCGUAUGAUGUCGGUCCAGCUCCUCCCCCCGGACCGUCACUUCUCGACGAUACCGAGUCGAACAUGCUUGAGAGUUUCUUCACUACAUUGAAUACUAGCCAAUUUGACGUCGGAGACGCUUGGUUCCAGGAUUUAUCGCACGAUAAAGGAGGAGGCGCAUUUGGUUUGGACUGGACAGAGGGACUACCGCCGAAUUUGGAAGGCUCAACAACUUCACUAUCACAACCGCCCAUCCUAUCAAUGAAUCCUCAAAAGAACACAAAUAGUCUGAUGGGAGGACUUGGCCCAGACUCCGAUAUUCUUGCAGCCGCUUCUAUGCUUUAUGGAAAUGGAGGCAACACGAUGAAUUUUGCAACAGGUCAUCUAUUCCCUCCUGGUGUUAUGUCGGAAAUGGCACCUAAUCAUAUGAACCCGCCUCACAUCAAGCAAGAGCAAAUACAUCAUCCACCAACAAAUCAUAAUGACCCUCGUCAAAUGAUCCAACACACAUCAGUCUUCAAUCCAGAACAGCCAGCAGUUCCCGUGGAUCCGCAUACUACUAUUGAAGUGCAACGGUUACGCUGGGGCUCGGAUGCUGGGUUUGUUGAUCAUGGUUACCAACGACCUGCAGAAAUUGAAACCACAGAAGAAGUUGCGAAAAAUUUGCUGGAAAACAUGAAAUGUCUUGAACCACAGACGAGCGCUACUAAUACGUGCGCUACCAAUACGCGCGCUCCAACACCAACACAAUUUGAACCGCCUCAAAACCGGGAGUGGAAUAUUGGCAAUGGGGCAAUUACAUCUCAAUCUUCUUCUGAGACAACGAACCAUGGCGACCUCGAUGGUAGCUCACGACCCAGAAAACGUUCCAAGAUCAAAAUGCAAGAGGAUGAAGAUUCAGACAACAAUAGCACCCCUCCCAGGACGAAGAAGAUGACGAAAGGUGCAUCUGGAGGCAAAGCGAGACGUGGUUCAAGCGAGAAUGCCUCGAAGAAACUCAAGGCCCAGCAAGCUACCAAAACAGCGAGAGAAAACCUCACAGAGGAGCAGAAACGCACGAACCACAUUCUGUCAGAGCAGAAGCGUCGCAAUCUUAUCAAGCAAGGAUUCGACGAGUUGUGUGCUUUGGUCCCUGAACUUCGAGGUGGUGGUUUCAGUAAAAGUGCCAUGCUCAUCCAGGCUGCGGACUAUCUGGAGGCGGUUUUGACCGGCAACAAUGUGCUCCGGCAACAACUUUCCCAGCUCAAAGCGGUCAACGCCUUCAUGAUACCUCGAUGA